GAUUAAGGUUGUAUGACGCCUUUAGCUAUUUUGCAAUUAAAAUUAAGUCCGUAAUUUUUAGUGAAAAAUAAUCCUUAUUGUCAGUGCAUACGGUACAGAUUUGAAUGACAAUUCAUUUAAUUAAUUUGUUCCAUAAACUUAUGGAACUAUUUAUACACAUGUUUUUCAGGUGGUCUUUGUAGAACCAUAUUUACAUAAUAGCGUGCAUAAAUGCAAAUAAUGUCUUCAAUUUUGAAAAUAAACAGAAGCGCUCAUUGCACCGUGAAAACUAGACGAGUAAAAGUGUAUUUGUGAAGCUUAAUUUAAGACAAACAUGGCAUCUUACAGUGGUAAGCGACCUACCGAAAUAAGCCCGAAUGAUCCUUUCUAUGCUAUGUUUCCCCAAAAUUGCAUAAAGAAAACAAUAGCAGUCUGGCUCUUAAGGAAUCUGUCAAUUGCAGAACCCAUAGAGAGUGAAAAUCCUAUGACUAUUUUGAAGUAUUUCCUGUCUAUAAAUGAGGAAAAUUUCUGGUCGGCGAUAAACCGCUGUCCCGAUUGUACGGCCUAUAUUAUUUUUGAGGCGCAUAUGCGGCGCUGGCGGAGGAAAGAUGUUCAAUCAGCCAACGCGGCCGUCCAAGAAAAUGAUUUAGAUAUAGACAUGUUAUUUGAGUGUAAUUCGGAGAACCAGUCAGGACUUUUUAGUAGCAGAGAACUGCUACGUUGUAAGCGGAUGAUAAAUUUGUUCGACGGUAACAAGGUCGUGAAGAAUUAAAUAAGUCAGUUAUAUUACAACAUAUGUAUUAAAUUAAUUACGAUAAAGGAA